AUGGCACACUUAGAUGAAUAUAACAGUGCGUCUACACAGCAAGUGAUAACGCCGCUACAAACUACAGCCACUAUCACUAAUGCGAUUUCUGGAGAUUCAAUCACAACUAAUGUUAAUUUUUUUGUUUCCCUGGAAAAAUUUAAACUGUUCAUUUCCAGAAAAUGGAAAAUUCCUUCUGAUCAGUUACUGAUUCUAUUGCCCUACGGUAAUAAAUUGAAGCCGUCUAUGUUUAAAGAUCUGCUGAUUGGUAGGACCUUCGCCCCAAAUGAGUUUUAUGUUUACGAUAGAAGACUGUUCUCGCUUAUUUCUAAACCUGUACCAGCGAAUCUUAGAACUUCAAGAGACUUCAAUCUUGCAAACUCCCUUAAUUCCAAAGAUUUGACAGAGACUUUAGAGUAUUUAAUCAAGAACAGUCACAUAUCAUCGUACCAAGGUGGCGACACUAUCAUGAUCAAGCCCAUACCCUCACCUUUGGAAGAUGCAGAUGUGGCUCUCUCGCGUUUGAACUAUCAUACUGUAUCUAGUCUACUAACGACGAAUCUUGGUUGGUUAAGCGCUUUAGAAAUAGAUGUUCAUUAUUUCAAGAGUCUCAUACCAGAUAUCACAGCUCAGGUUAUACGUAUUUUUGAUAGUUUAACCGUUUGUUCGCAAUAUCUAAAAUUGUAUUGCUUUGAUGUUGAGAGUCUGUAUAAUUCAAAUGUUCAAUUUUUGAAUCAGUUAGUAGAUAAUGGCAUGACUUCAAAAUGGGAAAAGUGUUUUAAUGAAACUUUGAGUAAGUUGACUGGUUUAGAAGAUGAUUCUUUACAAAAGUUUAUAAAUAUUGAAUCUCUCCUGGAGAAUGAGAAGUCUGUAAAAAUUUUAAAUCACUCAAUCAACGGUAAACUGAAUAAAAUCAAGAGGGAAAUUGAUGAGAACUCAAACUUUAGAGAGACAAUAACCCUGAAUAUCAACAAAUUGCGAGAAAUAUUCACACCAGAUGAAUCUAAAUAUGAGCUUGAGAAUAAAAUGGCAGAGAGUUUUGAGGUACUGGUAUCAGAAAUGCGAUCAAGAAGUAGGAAUGUUCUCGCUAAGGAAGUAGAUGAAUUCAAGAGUAAAGAAUUUUUAGAAAGCAUGAAUGAGAUGUUGGAAAAAGAUAAAAAAAAUUCAGUAAAGUCGUUAUUCACUAUAUCACAAGCGUUGUAUUCACAAACAGAAGAACUAAUAGAAUUGAAAAAAAAUUUGCAAAAGCAUGCCAUUGUUACUUUGGGUCACAUAGCGUUCACGCAAAUGGAAAUCUUAGGUAUCAAGAGGUCGUUGUUAAAUGACUGUAAUAAGGAUUUAGAGUUAUACAAGAAAUAUGAAGUAGAAUUUGCACAAGUGGAAGAUCUACCCUUGAUAUAUGGGCUUUAUUUAAUGGAAAGAUAUCGUAGGUUAUCAUGGUUUCAACAAAUUUUGUCAUUUGUCGAAGAUUUUCAUCAAGACUUAAAGGUGUUUAAGCAAAAUGAACUGCGGACAAGAAAGAAAUGGAUUAAAAACUUCGGCUCUAUUGCAACUGUUUUCUGUGAAGAUUUGUUGUCCUUCUCUGAUUUUACACAUCUGAACAAAUAUUACUCUCUGUCUUGUCCAUCAAAUAAUAGCAACGAAUACCAAAAUGAGAACUCUACAACACAUUACCAUGAAGAUCUAAUAAAACUAUCUCAAGUCAUUGAAAAAUAUAUGGCACAGAUUAAAGAAACGAAUGUUUCAGCAGCAAUUGUUGAUUUACUUUCAAAAACACUUCUGGAAGCGAAAAGGUUCCAUGUAAUUUAUUCAAAUUUCAAAACAGAUAACAAUAAUGGCUCUAAUAGCAAUAUCGAUUCUCCCCAAGAAUCUGCCGUAUUGAAGAGUAAUGAUGUAGUCAAAGGUUAUAAAACAAGAAUAAAAAAACUGGAGUCUCUAUUACAUGAGUUCCAGUAUUCUGAUAUGGAUCAUUGGCCUCAAGGUAUUCUCAAUACCCAACUUAAGCCUCUUCGUAGCUCUAAUCCAACUAUAAACAAAAACAAAUUUUUAGGCGCAUCAGUUUUAUUGGAACCUUUCAACACUUCUGAGCUAAACAAUGGUGUUAAUCAUCAUGUCGAUAGUCUUCAAAUUCAAGAGUUGGAGAAUAAUGUAGAAGAUUUAAUGCAUCAAAUUCAGUUAUUGAAGGAAGAAAAUGGUCGAAAGACAAAGGAGACAUCAGAAAUGAGGAAGAAAAUAAGUGAUUUGGAGGUAGAGAAGACGGCCUACCGCGAAACAUUGACUAACUUGAAUCAGGAGUUGGCAAGAUUAACUAAUGAAGAAGAAUCACAUAGAACGGAAAUUUUCACACUUAAUGCAUCUUUUAAAAAGCAAUUGAAUGAUAUAAUUGUCCAAGACAAUGAGAAAUUAGUAAGGAUAGAAAAACUAAAAAGUGAUUAUGAUGAUAUUUAUAAUUCCAGAGAACGCUUGCAAGAAAAUCUAGAUGAUUCUAAUAAAAAGUGUGAAAAAGAGAUUGCUUUGUUGAAGGCUGAAAUUGAAAGGCUGAAUGAACAAGUUGCUACAUUAGGGAAAAAUGAAAAUGAGAUAAAAUCAAGUUCGAUGGAAAGAAUUGGAGAAUGUGAUACCACUCCUUUAGCUAAGGAUGCAGAUGAAAAAGAGCUGGUCUCCCCUUACGCACAAACUUUACAAGAUAGAGUAUUUGAUAUAAUAUCGACAAAUAUUUUUAUCUUAGAGAACAUUGGGUUGUUGUUGACCUUUGACAAUAACAACAACAUACAAAUUAGACGUGUCAAAGGGUUGAAGAAGGGAACCGCGCAAAGUAAUAUUCUGGAUGAAAGUACUCAAAUGCUGGACGUAUGUGAUAAUUCUAUGAUAAAAAGUCCGGUAUUCCAGAAAAUAAAAGAUAAAUAUGAUUCAAUAAAGUCGUCAGGCAAUGAAACAGAUAAGAACGCGCAGCAAAGUAUCUUCCUAGAAAAUAUCACCCAAUUUUAUGACAAUAAGCUUUAUGAAGUCGCAGUUAUCAGGAGAUUUAAGGAUAUUGAAACUCUGGCUAAAAAAUUAACUAAAGAAAAUAAAAUCAAGAGAAUGUUAUUAGAAAGAUUCCAAAGAGAGAAAGUUACUUUAAAAAACUUUCAAAUUGGUGAUUUAGCGUUAUUUUUACCAACCAGGGAGAACGUUAACUCAGUUGGAUCCAUGUCAUCAUCUACUUCAUCACUAAGUUCAUCAUUUUCAUCCGUUGAUUUAUCAACACCACCGCCUUUGGACACUAUGUCUAUACAAUCAUCUCCUUCCAUCAUACACAGCAAUGUAGUAAGUCAAGUCGGCGCUUCUGGUAAGGACAAGAAUAAAUCGAUGAAACCUUGGGCUGCAUUCACAGCCUUUGAGGAAAAUACGAGAUAUUUUUUGAAGGACGAAAAGGGAUUAACAAAAGGAAAAGAAUGGUUUGUAGGCCGAAUUAUCACUUUGGAACAUUUUGUGGCAGAUAAUCCCUCCAAUAAUCCAUUCCGCCUACCGAAGGGCUCAAUCUGGUUUCAAGUCACUGCUGUUGUAGUUUCAUUUCAGGGGAUUUGA